CAUUAAACAUAAUAUUGUUAUUACAAAGUACAAACAAUAUAGUAUUAUUAUAAUUAUAUCAUAUUAUAGUAUACUAAUCUAAGUAUUAAAUAUUAUUAAUUAUUUAAUAAUUACUAUUACUAAAGUAUUAAACCAAAUAAAGUAAAUCUUUAAUAAUUUGUAUUAUUUUAUUCAGACACCAGGCAUUAUAAUUUAUUGGAAUGCUGUAUUAAAUAUUCAAUUGGUGUUUAUAUUUAUAUAAUUAUAUAUGUCUACUUCAAUGUCUGUCACCAAGUCUUAUACAAAUCGGUUAAAAAGUGAUGUGAAAUGUAUGCUGGAAAAUUUUGAAGGUAUUGUAAAACUAUGCAAGACUGAUGAUGAUCAAACACAAAUUUCUAAAGCUACUCGAAGCGAAUUGAUAGCAUUUGAAAUGGAAGUCAGAGCAGCUAACAUUGUUCGUGCUGGUGAAUCACUUUUGAAACUAGUUUCAGAUAUGAAACAAUAUCUUAUAUUGAAUGAUUUUCCAUCAGUCAAUGAAGCCAUUGCUCAAAAUUCAAAACUUUUUCGCACCAAACAAGUGGAGUGCGAUCGCAAACUAACAAGUCUAGUUGAUGAUAUGUCAACAGAACUAUAUGAACUGGAAGAAGAAUAUUAUACAUCGAAUUAUAAAUAAAGAGUUGGUUCUAAAAGUUUUUAUUUAUUUAUUUUAAUAGGUAAAAAGUUUUUAAAAUAAUUUCCCCCCAGCCAAUAUUAUGUAGUAUUAAAUAAAUUACUUAUUCAUUAAUAUUUACAAAACAUAAAAAUAUAAAAAUAAUAAAAUAACAAAAACUGCUGCAACGGUAAGUUUUAUGUACAUUGAUUUAAGGUUGAGAUUGGUAGCUUCUUUUUUGUAUUUUUUCGAUAAUAUAGAUAAAUUUUGUGCUUUUGUAUCAAGUUCUGAAAAAGAUAAUACAGAUAUUUUAAUUCAGUUGAUAACAGUCAUGUAAUACCAUGCAUUUAAUAGUAUUAAUGAAUUAUUUCUAUAAUAUUUAAAUUCAAGAAUUGUAUCUCUCAUUCUGUAUUUAUCAUGUAAUUAAAAUUUAUUUUAAAUAUAUGAGAUUGUUUGGUA